AUGGAUGUCGAUUACCUGCCUCGGGGGUACAAUGCGCUCCACCUGGCCGCGAAACACGGCCACCCACAGUGCGUGAGCAAACUGCUGCAGGCAUCUUGCCCGGUUGAUGGAGCCGACAGCAACGGCUGGACAGCGCUCCACCAUGCAGCUGUCAGUGGCUGCAUCUCAUGCUCCGAGAUUCUCUGCGAUUUCAAGGCCUCCUUGAAUACCAAGGACAAGGAUGGCUCCACCCCUCUGAUCCUGGCAGCUAAGAUGAGCCACUCGGAGCUGUGCCGGUACCUGCUGCAUCGUGGAGCUGCUGUGAACAGCAGAGACCAGCAAGGCAGAACAGCCCUGAUGCUGGCCUGCGGGAACGGCAGCGUGGAGACGGUGGAAGUUCUCAUCCAUGCCGGGGCGCGGGUCGGCCUGGUGGACGCCAGGGGCCAGGACGCAGCGCGCUACGGCCUGGCCACGGGGAACGCCUUGAUCCAGCACUACCUGCAGGACGCCUCCCAGCGCCACUCCUGGGCCAGCGAAGAGGAGUCGGCUGAGCGAACGUCGCAGACAGCGUCACCGAGCCAGCCUCUGCCCAGCGAGAGGAACGGCACCCCGAGAAAGAGGAAAGCCCCUCCGCCGCCCCCCGGCACCUCCAGCCAGGAGGACAGGGAGGCCUACGAGGAGAUUGUCCGGCUGAGGCAGGAACGGGCUCGAUUCCUGCAGAAGAUCAAGGGUUUGGAGCAGCAGCAGGAGAAGCAGAAGCGGGAGCGGCUGGAGUUGGAGGAGGACUCCCUACGCUCCAUGGAGAAGCAGAUAAAGGAACUCCAGCAGCAACUGGCGGACAGCGAGGGGGAGAAGGAGCAUUUGAGGAAGGAGGUUGAAGUGCUCCGGAGCCGCUUGUCCUUGCUGGAGAACGAGAAGGAGGACACCAGCUACGACAUCGACACGCUGCAGGACGAAGAGGGGGACCUGCUGGAAUUCCCAGGGGCAGAGCUGCUGCUGUCCAAGAAGACCCUGAGUCUGUCCACGGAGGAGUUGCUGGCCACGCUGCAGGGCCAGGUGCAGUCGCUCACCGUGCAAAACCAGGAGCUGCUGGAGAAGAUACAGAUCCUGGAGAAUUACGAGAAAGACGAGAGUGACGUGGGCCCGGCGGAAGACUUCGUCCCCAUCGUCCUCUACGACUCCCUCAAGUCGGAGUUCGACCGGCUCAGGGAGCAGCACGCCGAGGCCCAGGCUGCCCUGCAGGCUCUGGAAGGCAGUGGGCCCCACGGUCCCUCCUGCGAGCUAGUCCCGGUGGAGGCUUACAAGCAGCUGAAGGCUGAAUACGAGGCGCAGCUCCAGGCCUUAGAGGAGGCGCUGCAGAGGAGUAACACCCCAGCUGAGCCCGAGGGGAAAGGCCAGGAGCCGGGCCAGGCCGGGGUGCCGGCAGAAGGAAGCAGCAGGGAAGGAGGAGCUGGAGAUGCGGCUGUGGAAGAGCUGACCAAAAUGCUGGCUGAGACGCGGGAGAAGCACGAGGCAGCCGUGGCCGAGCUGCAGCUACUGCGGGAGCAGAUCCAGCUGGGCAUCCUGUCCGUGGAGGAGCCGGAGGCGGCUGAGAGCUCCGGGAGCGAGCUGGAGACGGUGAGGGCAGCUCUGCGGAAAGCCCAGGAGGCCCUGCUGGAGAGAGACCAGAGGGUGAAGGACCUGGAGGGGCGGCUGGCCGCCCAGGAAGAAGCAGCCCGUCGAGGCCGCUCCGCCGAGGAGACGAGGGCGGCCCUCGGCGUCUCCUUGGGAGAAGCCGCCGCGGAGAAGGCCGAGCUGCUGGAGAGGUGCCGCCAAGCGGAGGCAGAAGCGGAGCAGCUGAGGCGGAGGGUGGAGGAGGGAGCCGGGGAGCUGCAGCGAGCAAUGGGACACCUCUCGGACAGCCAGAGGCUGGAGGAGGAGAACCGGCAGCUCGGCGAGCAGCUGGACGAGCUGAGGGGGCAGCACGAGGCGGUGCAGGCCCGGCUCCGAGAGGAUCAGGGCAAGAAGGAGGAGGAGCUGAGCGCCCUGAAGGAGCAGGUGGCUUCCGAGAGCAUCUCCAGGCAGGAGCAGGAGGAGCUGGCGGGGGAGCUGGGCCGGUUGUUGGCCGAGUCCAACAAGAAGCUGCUGGAGCUGGAGGAGAGGCACAGCGCCGCCCAGCGGGAGGCGAGGGAGCUGCAGCAGGCGGCGGAGCGGUACCGGCGGGAGUGGGUCCCGCCGGCCGAGCACGCCCGAGCUAAGGAGGCCCUGGUGGGCAGCGUCCGGGAGCUGAAGGCCAGAGCCCAGGAGCUGGAGCGGGAGCUGGCCGCCAAAGCCCAGGAGGCCUCGCGGCUGCAGGGCGAGCUGGCGAGCGCGCGGGAGGGCACGGUCCCCAGGGAGGAGCACGAGCAGCUGCGGUGCAGCCUGCAGGCGGAGGUGAGCACGCUGAGCCUGAAGCUCAGCGACCUGGAGCGCAAGCACGAGAAGACCUGCACGGAGGUGUUCCAGGUGCAGCGCGAGGCCCUCUUCAUGAAGAGCGAGAAGCACGCGGCCGAGGCCCAGCUGGCAGCCGCGGAGAAGCAGCUGCAGAGCCUGCGGGCCGAGUCGGGCCGGAUCCAGGAGCUGCACGGCCACAUCGAGGACUCGGCCAAGCUGGUCAAGGAGAAGGACAGGAAGAUCACCGAGCUGUCCAAGGAAGUCUUCAAGCUGAAGGAGGCCUUGAACAGCCUGUCUGAGCUCUCCGGCCAGGGGGGGACCCUGCCCAAGGUGGCCCCGCAGAAGCAGCAGAACCCGCAGGAGGUGGCGAAGCUGCAGGGCACGAUAAAGGCCUUGGAACAGCAGCUGGCCGAGACGGAGACGCACCACCUCAAGGUCGUCUCGCUCUACCGGAGCCACCUGCUCUGCGCGAUUCAGGGCCACAUGGACGAAGACGUGCAGAGGCUCUUGUACCAGAUCCUGAUGAUGCAGCGGCUGCAGGAGCAAGGCAGAUGAGCGCCCCGGGGCGAGGGAGCCCGGUUCCUGGUUCCGAGCAGGGGACUCGCACGCAGAACCGGCUGGACUCCAGCGUCAAGCGGCGGCGCGAGGCCCUGCGCACACGCUUCCUC